UGUUUAACUAAUUAACAUGUCAUUUAGUCAUAUGAUUGUUAGUUACUUAUACGGGUUUCAUCUGAAUUAACGGAGAUUAAUGGAGAAAUGACGGAGAUAACCAACAGUCAGGCUGCAUCUCAAAAUAGGUAAGGAGCAACAGCCUCUCUUUUUCUCUUCUAACAGCCAAGAGGGAGGGAGGAGUUUAAACAAAGGCCUCUCCACAUAAAAAAAAUGGAGGCUUGUGCAGAGAAGCCAUGGUGUCCUGCUCUUCACAGUCUACAUGCUGCCAUUCAUACUUCUAAAGCCUUCAAAUAAGACAACUACAACCAGGGUCUACACUUGGAAGCUUCAAAACAGUGUCACACAGGGUUUUGCUGCCCCUGCCUGCACUGAACAAAGAUAAUUACUCAGGAAACAUUUCGGCCAAUCAGAAGCGGCCUUGUAUCCUGCCUGUGAGGAAGGCGACCAGUCAGGAUCUGGCUAACAACACCGGGGCCUGAUCGCCUUGCCUGAAGAACGGAGCCUUCCCCGGCUGAGGGCUGAGAGUGUCCUCCAUGUUUUAUAAGUGUUGACAUAACAGUGUGUCAGGCAGCCAUGCAUCCACAGAGUCUGGCUGAGGAGGAGAUAAAGACAGAGUCUGAUGUGGUAGAGGGGAUGGAUGCAUCCGUACGAUCCAAAGUCCCUGACCCACCAGGGUCAGCAGAACGGCUCGUGGCACCACAGAAGAGAAAGGUGUCCAGUCCCACACAUUCCUCCAAUGGACACUCUCCCUCGGACACCUCUCCCAGCCCUCUCAAGAAAAAGAAGAAGCCUGGGGCCAUUCACAGUGGCAGCAAAGACCAGUCAGAGCUAAGACAUGGUCCCUUUUACUAUAUGAAGCAGCCAGCACUCACCACAGACCCUGUUGAUGUUGUACCGCAGGACGGCAGGAAUGACUUCUAACUGCUGGCUGUGACACCGCGAGGCCAGGUGCUCUGCUGUGAGCUCUGCCCCCAGGGUGUACCACGCCAAGUGGCCCUCAACUACCAGCUGAGCCCGAGGGGCGACUGGUUCUGUCCAAGAUGUAUUUUGUUGCAGAAAAUAACGGUUGCUGAAUGCAUCGAAACCCAGAGCAAGGCAAUGACAUUGCUCACAAUAGAACAACUCUCCUAUUUGCUCAAAUUCGCACUUCAAAAGAUUAAACAGCCUGGGACUGAACCUUUUCUGAAGCCUGUUUCUCUGGAACAGCACCCGGAUUAUGCAGAGUACAUUUUCCACGCCAUGGACCUGUCAACUUUAGAAAAGAAUAUCAAAAAGAAAAUGUAUGGCUGCACUGAAGCCUUUCUUGCUGACAUGAAAUGGAUUUUACACAACUGCAUAAUCUAUAACGGAGGCAAUCACAAAUUAACAGCAACUGCUAAAGUCAUCAUCAAGAUUUGUGAACAUGAGAUGAAUGAGAUUGAAGUGUGUCCAGAGUGCUACCUGUCUUCAUGCCAAAAAAGAGACAACUGGUUUUGUGAGCCAUGUAGUCCACCCCACCCUCUGGUCUGGGCUAAGCUAAAGGGCUUUCCCUUCUGGCCAGCAAAAGCACUUAGAGAAAAGGACGGGCAGGUAGAUGCACGUUUCUUCGGGCAACAUGACAGGGCCUGGGUACCCAUCAACAACUGCUACCUCAUGUCCAAAGAGAUCCCUUUCUCUGUGAAGAAGACAAAGAGCAUUUUCAACAGUGCCAUGCAGGAGAUGGAAGUCUAUGUGGAAAACAUUAGCAAGAAAUUUGGGGUCUUCAACUAUGCACCCUUCCGGACUCCCUACACGCCCAACAACCAGCUACAGAUGCUGCUGGACCCCUCCAACCCCAGUGCUGGGACAGUGAAGACAGAGAAACAAGACAAACUCCGCUUCAACUUCGAUAUAACUGCGUCUCCUAAAAUGGUCCUGGGCAAGAGUUCCACACCCAGUGGCAUGAGCCGGAGGGUCUCAAUGACAGACAUGCCUCGGUCUCCCAUGAGCACCAACUCCUCGGUUCACACGGGGUCGGAUGGGGAGCAGGAAAUGGAAAAGCACAGCAGGAAUCCCGGCUUCCACUACAGCACUGGAGAGGAGUCAAUGGACUGUACUGCAUCUCCUAUGUCAGGGAAGAUGGGUCCUGCAGGCAGCCCGAAGCCCUUUAACCCUGGACUAGUGCCCAAGCAGGAGAGGACUGCAGGGACAGGCGGUAUCCUCAAUCUAAACCUGGACCGGGUGAAGGCUGAGAUGGAUCUGAAGGAGCUGAGUGAGACCGUGCAACAACAACAACAACAGCAGCAGCAGCAACAACAACAGGGGGGCUCAGCUUCCCUCCCCACCCCAAAGAGGUCCAUCAGGAGCCUGGACAAGACCAUUGAGAGUUGCAAGGCACAGCUCGGUAUAGAUGAGAUCUCUGAAGACGUAUACAAAGGUGUGGAUCACAGCGACUCAGAGGACUCUGAGAAAUCGGACUCAAGUGACAGCGAGUAUCUCAGCGACGAGGAACACAAGCCAAAGAUCUCCGCCCAGGACGACAAGGACAAAGCAGAGAGAAAAAGGCCCAAAGCAAGCGCCGACGGAGAGAGUAAGGAGGGAGUUACGAGGACAGUGGAUAAAGCCACUCCUGAACCCAUGCUCAAAGACAAGCACGGUAACAACGGCCUAGUGAGGGACCUCCAGGAGAAGCCCAGAACGCUUCAGCCUCUCGCUGACAAACCCAAAGCCCCAGAGGAGGGCAGAGGAGCUGCUGCCACAUCAUCAGCUGAGCAGGACUCUGACUCUGAAAGAGAGCUGGUGAUCGACCUGGGAGACGAACAUGGAGGCCGCGACUCAAAGAGGGCGAGGAGAGAGCCAGGAGCCAAAACUCUCAAAGAGCCCAAUGUCGCCAAGCUGGAAGGUAAACUGUCUUCAUCAGCUGCAGCAUCUGCUCCAUCACGGGAGGCCGCCUCUAACCUAAAAGACUCUUUACAACCGGCCAUCACAGCAGCCCUCAACCUUGUUUCCACUGCAGCUUCUGGUCAGCCCAGUGCUGCCACAGCCUCCAGUGGAUCCACCAGUGCACCCUCUCCUGCCACCUCGGCCUCCACAACAUCGCCAGUACCUGCAGCUGUAAAGAAACAGCGCCCUCUACUGCCUAAAGAAGCCGCUCAGGCCGUGCAGAAGGCGGUGGUUUGGAAUCCAACCAAGUUCCAGACGUCCUCUCAGAAGUGGCACAUGCAGAAGGUUCAGAGGCAGCAGCAGCAUGAGGAGCCGGCAGCCGUGCAGUCCCCGGCUCAGAGUCCGGGGCAAACACAAAGCCCACAGCAGCUGCAGAACUCCUCAAGUACCCGCUAUCAGACCCGACAGGCAGCCAAGGGGCAAAAGGACGUACCUCAGAGUACUUCCUUGUCGACAGCUGCCCAGGUCACAGGGAGCUCCUCUUCUUUCAGUUCAGGAGACGUGCAGAUCCCUACAGGCUCAGCCGAUGUGGCUGCUGACAUAACCAAAUACACAAACAAAAUGAUGGAUUCGAUAAAAGGGACAAUGACUGAAAUCUACAACGAUCUGUCCAAAAGCACAUCAGGAAACACCAUUGCUGAGAUCCGGCGGUUAAGAAUAGAGAUUGAGAAGCUGCAGUGGCUGCAUCAACAAGAGUUGUCUGAGAUGAAACACAAUCUUGAACUGACAAUGGCAGAGAUGAGGCAGAGUCUCGAGCAGGAAAGAGAACGUUUGGUGGCGGAGGUAAAAAAGCAGACAGAGUUGGAAAAGCAGCAAGCGGUGGACGAGACCAAAAAGAAACAGUGGUGCGCUAACUGCAGGAAGGAGGCCAUCUUCUACUGCUGCUGGAACACCAGUUACUGCGAUUACCCCUGCCAGCAAGCACACUGGCCUGAACACAUGAAGUCCUGCACGCAGUCAGCCUCAGCUUCUCAGCAGGAACCAGAAGCAGAGUCAAACUCCAUCCCUUCAGUGAAAUCCACAGGCCAAUCUCCUCCUGCCACACAGACCCUGACCCCAGGAGCAGGAUCCAUAUCGGACAAAAGCAACUCUCCCACACUUAUUGACAAGAGCAAGGACAGUGCUGGCGUUACUGUGACCUAACUGCUACACUACAGAUACUCUCGCACACCUUGCAUUAACGCUGUGGGGCUUUUUACAUCAGACAUGUGGCGUCAAACUUGGUGCUGGAAGGCCUUUGUGACAAAUCACUUUGAUUUUUCCAUUCCCAUGUGUACAUCUGCUUGGUGGACUUUUUUUUAUGUUUGGUUCAUCUCUCAUUCACAGUUUCCAUAAGUCGGUGAUCAGGUGGAUUCACCAUGUGAAAGUAGUCUGUCUUGAGAACUAAAAUGUGAGAUUAUACGUUUUCAUACUGUAGUUAUGUUAUAGCUCUGUUACCACUUUGUUUCAACUCUGAACAAGAUUGUAUCAACCAGCAGAAUAUUUACACUUCUCAAUGCUGCUCUUAGUAUUUCACAGCUGUUGUAUUUCUUUGAAUGGUCUUCAUAUAAUGAGACAAAAACAGCUAUUGAUAGAUAUUCAUUAAUCAUUGUGCCAUCACAGGUAUUUUGAGUUAUGCAAGUUCCACCUUUGUUUUAAACCAUGUCCGCUUCAUGUCAUUUAAGAUUUUUUGAUUAAUGCAAUGGUAAAAAUUAUAUUUGCAACUAUGUCCUCUUCACGUCAGCUGGGGCAUUUUUGGCUCAUACCAAUUUUGUAUUGUUGUUCCACAUUGUAUAGAAAACCUACAUAAAAAUAUCUGUGAUUUAUAAAAAAAAAAACUAAGACGUGUAAACUGUACAAAGUUUUGUAAGAAAGUACCUGGACAAUAUUUAUAGUGUUAUAUGUUUUUAUAGUAUGUUUAAGUAAAUCACAUUUCUAUGUGUCUAAAAAAAAAAGUUAUUUGAAAAUAAAUUACUUCAUAAUAUGAAUGUCAGCUCUGAGCGAAGCCUCUGUUUAUAACUGAUUCUCCAAAGCUGAUCCGACUGUCUAUAAGAAGGUGGAAAGAUAGAAACUGCAUUUGGCUGGAUAUUAUUUCCUGUGAGCAUGUCUGUUUUGGGCUUGUGUUCGUGUUUACAUAUUGUACAUAAAAUAAAUGGACUUGUGAAGAAAAAAUAAAAGUGCUCUGAUCAACCUAA